UGCUGACCUAUCCAGAGCUGGAAUCAGCACCCCGUUUUCCCCUCAAACACAGACUGUGAGCAGACUGAUGGUGAGAGUGAGAAUCACCGAGGCAAAGUUACCGUGAAGGGAUGGAACAAGGCACUAGGACCUAGGAGGCGUCUCAUCCACCCUGGCAGGAAUUUCUUGCUUGGAGCUCAGACAACAAAGGCAGAGUGAGCCCGGUUUUCUUUCUCUGAGCAUCUCCACCCUGCGCGCUGAAAACCGCUUCAGAUCUUUAGGGUUCACCAAACUAUGGAACUUGAUUUUGGACACUUUGACGAAAGAGACAAGGCGUCCAGAAACAUGCGAGGCACACGGAUGAACGGCUUACCCAGCCCCACUCACAGUGCCCACUGUAGCUUCUACAGAACCCGGACCUUACAGGCGCUGAGUAACGAGAAGAAAGCCAAGAAGGUUCGUUUCUAUCGCAACGGGGACCGCUACUUCAAGGGGAUUGUAUACGCCGUGUCCUCCGACCGCUUCCGAAGUUUUGAUGCCCUGCUGGCGGACCUGACCCGGUCCCUGUCCGACAACAUUAACCUGCCUCAGGGAGUGCGGUACAUCUACACCAUCGAUGGCUCGCGGAAGAUCGGCAGCAUGGACGAGCUGGAGGAAGGGGAGAGUUACGUCUGCUCGUCAGACAACUUCUUCAAGAAGGUGGAAUACACCAAGAAUGUCAACCCCAACUGGUCUGUCAACGUGAAGACCUCUGCCAACCAGAAAGCACCUCAGUCCCUGGCCAGCAGCAACAGUGCCCAGGCCAAGGAGAACAAGGAUUUCGUGCGCCCCAAGCUGGUGACCAUCAUCCGCAGCGGGGUGAAGCCCCGCAAGGCUGUGCGUGUGCUCCUCAACAAGAAAACUGCCCACUCCUUCGAGCAGGUCCUCACUGACAUCACUGAGGCUAUCAAACUGGAGACAGGCGUGGUCAAAAAGCUCUACACCUUGGAUGGGAAGCAGGUGACCUGUCUGCACGAUUUCUUUGGGGAUGAUGAUGUGUUUAUCGCCUGUGGUCCAGAAAAAUUCCGCUAUGCACAGGAUGACUUUUCCCUGGAUGAAAGUGAGUGCCGGGUGAUGAAGGGGAGCCCAGCAGGUGCCACGGGCAGCAAAUCCUCCCCCACCCCUCAGAAGAGCUCGGCCAAGAGCCCCGCGCCCAUGCGCCGCAGCAAGUCCCCGGCCGAUUCAGGUAACCACCAAGAUGCCAACGGGACCUCCAGCAGCCAGCUGUCCACACCCAAAUCCAAGCAGUCCCCGAUCUCCACACCCACCAGCCCAGGGAGCCUCCGUAAGCACAAGGUAGACUUGUACCUGCCUCUGUCCUUGGAUGACUCGGAUUCCCUUGGAGACUCCAUGUAGAGCAGCACGGAGCGAAAUGUCCAUAUUGCAUUUGGGAUACGGCAAAGUACCUCUGCCAAAACAAGCAGAUAGGUGACUGGUGCUUUCAAGUCAAAGGACACACGGUUAAAUGUCAUUUUUGUUCUGUGAUUUCUCCUCUCUGUGCCACAAACCAACACCUGCCAGUCUUUAGAGAUAGAGGGAUACCAUUCUUCUGAGUUACAGGGGUGCAAAAUGGGCAUUGUGAGAAAUUUGGGGCCGACGUGCCAACGAUUCCGUGCAUUUCCCAUUUUCUUCUAUGAUUUCUUCUUCUGCUGCAGCCAUGUGGUUUUCCUAGUGUUAGUAGAGUAGCUCCCCUGGAGGUGUGCAAAUGGAGCCCUUGCUGAGCAAUUUGCAAGCUGGAGCAGAGCAGAUGAUGUUCUCCACCAGUGCAAACUGCCAGCCUCUGCCAGCUCACUGCUCCUCAUUCACAGCCCCACUUUUGGCACCUGCAUUCCAACUGGUCUUGGUUUUAUUGUGGAGGGCAGGAAGGGAAUUUCUAGUUUGAUGCUUAAUAUGCCAGCAGAAGCUUGGAUGAGAUUAGGAGUGAUUGUGUCAGAUGCUAAGUAAGGUUAGUACAAUAAUUCAAAUUAUUCAAAUACUGUUUGGGUUUGGGUUUUUUUUUAAUAAUUAAGCAAAAAACCAUAAAUCAGCUGAGUUAUCUGGAGUACAACACCUUCCACAUGCAAUCCAAGGAUGCUGCUAGCUGGUAACAAAUAUUUAUACCUCCCCUAUGGUAUCUCUCUAUCUCUGUUUGUAACAGUAAUGCCUUGUGAACAGCCAACACUGAAAACACUGUGAGAAUUUGUUUUCAGGUUUGACACCCUAUAGGUCACUUUUUAUAGCAAAAAAUCAAUACACUUUUUAUAGAGGAAAACCUUGUAUCUGUGUUUUGGGAGUAAGGAUUCAAGCUCCUUCUUUUUUAUAAAAGCUGGUAAUUUUCUUUUGUUUAAAAAACACAUUCAGAAAAAAAAAGUACAAAAAAAACCAACCACAACUGCAGAACAAUAAUAACAGCAACUCAGUUUAGAAAUCUUGUCAUUGCUGCCAAAACAGACACGUGUAGGGGGGGAAAUGGUCAAUUCAAAAUAUUGAAUGUUUUGAUAGUUUUUGUAAUGUUUAAAACUAGGUAUUUGAUUUUUUACACUUCAGUAUUCCUAACUAUGGCCAGAUUCUCUACUUAUAUAACAAAUGAAGUUUUGUGAUGUUCUGAAACCCGUAUUUUAAGAAACUCUUCUAUCUGAGAAAAACGAACUCGCUGUAUUUAGAGAAAGCUUUUGCUUUUAUUAAUCAGAAAUGCCUCCUCCAGAAUGCAAAAUUCAUCUCCUCACGCAGGGCUGGUGGUUUUUACUGCGCCGAAGCUUUGUCCCAGGCCAGCUGCCAUUGCCUCCCUCCCUCAUGGACUAAGCUUUGAUGAAACUGAUUCUUGCAGAACUUUACCUAAAUGAAAUCUGUGCAAUCAAGUCUUUCUUUGUUGCUCUAUUUGCCUUUUUUUUUUUUUUCCAACAUAGACACCUACUCCCUGUUGCCUUGCAACCCCUUGUGAUUAGGAUGGAUUUUAUCCUUUUGAUGUUUGAUGCUCCAUGAAUGCUGGGUUGUUCCCAAAGCCACUCCACCUUUUGUUUGCUUGCAUCGCUGGGGUGAAACAAUCUGUGCAGGCUGCAUCUUUCAAGGCUCGUGUGAUCAUACUUAUAAUGCAACUUUUUAGAAGAGAUUUAUCAGAGAGAGGCCAGGAUUGGGAAUUGUCAAGGGGUCGGAGUUAUCAUGCACCAAUUUGCACCCGGUAGUGUUAGUGCAUGAUCAUUUACACCCAGAGUUUUGCACAAGAAACCAUUUAUUCUCACUGAUAGCUUCAUUUGAUUGAAUAACUCUCUGGCUGCACAACUGCUAACUGGUCAUUUUAAAUAUUGUAAAUAGAAUCCUGGGGUUAGUUCACAGGCUAAGGGCUCGUGUUGAGGGUUUGUGGGGGGAAGGAUGGUGCUGUGGACAAAGCUUGGGUGCAGUAGUCAGCACAGCUCUCAGCCCUUGGCAUUGCUGAAUUUUGUGUCUGAAUGGGAGCAGGUCUCUGAGUAACCCUGUGCCUCAAUCUGUCUGUCUGUCCCUGCAGGGACAGCUCUGUUCUACCUCACUGGGGGUUGUGAGGCCAAAUGUUGGCUAACAUUUGUCAAGUGCUUUCAGAUCCUCUAACAGAAGGUGCUGAAAUAUUCUGGGUGCAGAUUUGGUUAUGGGUGCUAAUUUUUGGCUGUUUAAUCCUGUGAGUGCUACUGUAGACAUUGGUCAUGAGCAAAAAGGACUUUCUUAAGCAUAAGGAUGUCAAAGGCCUUGGUAAUGCUAAUAACAAUAUUAUUCACCAGAGCUUUUGUCUUAGGGAAAGCUUUAGUGGGACACAUAAUUUGACAUGCUUUUACUCUCUCCCCUGUUCUGUUGGUGGAAAUGUCAGAGUCCCUCCCUGAGCCUCUGCCUUUCCAGGGACCCCGAGCAGUAGCCAUGGAUGGGCUGGAACUGCAGUUCAGGGUGUUGUCACACGGGGACAGAGGCCAUUCCUGUCACAGUCAGGGUGAGCCUGUCCUGCCACCUUUCCUCAGAUAAAUCAGGACAUGCAGUUCCAUCCAGGUUCUCUUGCUGCUCAGUGCAGGACAUCCACCAGGAAUCCCAAAUCUUUGCUCUCCUGGGCUGCUCUCUGCAGCCUGAGCUGCUGGAGCUGCUGGUGGGAGGGAAGGAAACUGGGAGAUGCUCUCACCCAGUGUCUGUGAGUGCAGUUUGUGUAAGAGGAAGGAUCCCAAGGGAGGAAUGAUCCUUUGUUUGGAUGGUCGUUGAGAAGGGAUUCCUCUCCUUCCUGCCAAAAGCUCUGUUUGGUUAUUUGGAGAUGCUUUUCCUGGUGGAGCAUUAGUAAGGAACCACUGAGCUCUUCCUCCUGAGCUGCACCUGGUGACACAUCUAAAACCUGAUCCUGCCAGCUCUCCCUUGGGAAUGCAGCUUUCUUUGCAUAAGGAUCAUCCCGUGGUGGGGCUGAGCCCAGAAAUUCCUUCAGGGGGAAUUAGGGGGACCUUGAAAAGGCCUAAAAAAUUAAAAUAAAUUGUUCAGUGGGAAAAAUAGCCAUUUAAACCAGCAGAAGCCACAAAGAAAACAGGGUAUGAGGUCGAACUCCCAACUUUUAAGAAGCAAUUUUCUAGGUAGAAAUGCCUGGGCAGUAGAAGUCAGUGAGCAUUUCAGCUGUAGCAUAGAGUGAAGUCUGUAUUAAUGCCAAUAUUGCAUGAGUUCUUGUACAGAAAUGCAUGUGGAAUGUUAUAUACAUUCAGAACUAGUUAUCUUUGGCUUUGUAGGAUCCCUCAUCUAGAUUUGAAUACAAAGAGAAACAGUGCACAGGCAUCAGAUUUUAGUUAUUUAAACAGAAGGACAGCCCUGAUCCAGGAAAGAACUUAAAAGCUUAAAUUUUAGCACGUGCUUUACUCCUGUUGAGUUAUCACGAGAUUAAGCUUGGGUUUGGUCAGAAAGCUUUCCUGAACUGCUGUGAAUUAAUAAUUGCUUCCAAUAUACUAUAGCAAUUCCAGACCCUGUGAGAUCCUGGAGCAGAUGAUAAUAAUUCCACUAUAUACUCCAGAGUUCACCUUUCAUAUUUAUUUUUUUUUAACAUUUACAAGCACAUAAAGCUCCACAUGAUAUAAGGAUUUGCCAUAUUAAUUCUACUAUAAAAACCCUGUCUAAUUUGCCUCAUGAGGCUGCCUUUAGUGCUUUCAGAGACUAAUUGAAUCACUGAGACGAUAUUGUUUUAAAACAAUACAGUAUUUAAAAACAAAUUGGAGAAACUCUUAAAGUAGCAGGGCUUUGUUUCUUUGAAAUCUGCCUUUAUUCAGUAUAAUUUAGCAAAUUUGUAUAUAAAGAUCCCUGUUUCAGACAGUCAUUAAGAAGGAAUAACACAGACUGAGGGGGUUUAACAUUUUUAUACUCAGGUGAUGGUCUUGACUGUAUAAGAUGAGAGCAAUGCAGCAAAACCUUCAGCCUUGGGAUUUUUAUUACUUAAAGCAUUUAUAAUCCUGAAGUUUCUGGUUUAAAGCCUCAUCUGGUAUAAAAUUUGGAGCUAGUUCAGUUCCACCAGCUAAAUAUCGUGAAAUGAUUUGGAAAGAGUUUGAUAAUGGGAUUUCACUUGGUGGUGGGAGUUGGAAGCAGCUUUUCUUCCCACUGCCUGUGUUUCCAAUACCUGCACAUUAUUUCUGGUCUUCUCAGGAGCUAGAAACACUAAUUGUGUUAUUUCCAUAGACAAUAGAAGAAUCCUGCUUAGAAAACAACUCCCACAUCUCUCUCAUGCUCAACUAGCACACGUGUAGGCAUACAAAAAACCCCACACUUGGUCGAGCUGCUAUUUCUCUCUCAUUUGCUUGUUCAGUACUUUCGAAGGGGAAAAACGGAGGUAGAACUAAAAAUUGUGGCAAACAGCAAAGCAGUGUUACACCCAGGCAUUUCCAAUGGGAAACAAGAGCAUUAAAGUGUUAGUUUCUCCUUAUCCAUGUGGAUAACAUUUUCUAGGAUGCCUUGUCUUUGCUUUUUCAUGCCUUUGAGGUCAGUGCUGCUCUUCCUGCUGCUUCCCAGCACACCCUGUGGGAGUGCUCUGGGAUUCCAGGCUGAAUCCCUACCCAGACACUGUUCCAGGGACAGCCAUCCCUGGAAGUGGCAUCUUCUCUGCAGGGGCUCAGUGUGGAUUUUCCAGUCAGAGCCUUCCCCAGUGUGCUGAGAGUGAUUUUGCCACUGACCUCAGUGACCCACAGCCAUGCAAAGCAACAGAGAGUUCUCUUUCACUGUCGUAGAGGCAGAGUAAUUUUUAGAGAAAGGGAUAAAAAAAUAGCCAAGUAAAGUAGAUAUAAAAUUAGUGUAGAAAGUGUCUCCUCAAGCUAAGACAAUCCAUAACCAGAGAAAAGCUCUGUAGGGGUGUGUUUGCCACACACCAGGUUCUGAUCACCACCACAAUGGAACAAAACAUCUUUUCCACGUGGUGACUUAGGCUCCAGGUUAUUUUUCUGGUUGCUGAUGGAAGCAGGCUGGGACAACGUUUGGGACUGGUGAGGUUCUUUGUAGAAGCAAAUGGAUGGCACAAGAUGAGGAUCUUUUUUCUGUGUAUCUAAAGAGUCAGGUCAGUCCCUGUAACAGGACGAGUGCUUUCCACAAUACAUCUGGCAGAGAUGCAGCUGAAAACCCCACCUUGGUGUGAUUGAUGCAUCAUGAUGAGAGCAGGAAGGUGAAGACUUUAAGUGCCUUCUAACAGCCCUUGGGCUUCAGAAGCAGGACUGUGCAUGUGCCCAGCAAGGCCUAGGGUUCAAUGGCCUUGACCAAAGGAGACAAGGCACACUUUAAUUCUUGAGGUAUUUAGCCCAUCUCUUGAAAAUUGUUGUCUCCAGAGCCACAGAUUUCUUCUGGCUGAUGCCUCUGUGAUCUGCAUGAAUCUGAGCCUCUCCACAGUAUCUCAGGAAAUGUUAAAGCUGAGUCUUGUGUGUCACAGCUGCUCCUCAGUGUGGAGUGAACAGGGCUGGGUUUGCUGCAGUGGUGGUUGAUUCUGCUGUUCAGAUGUUCUUCAUCCUCCUCCUCUGCCCCUGGCUUAAGAGCUGCUUUCUCCUGGUGCCUGCAGGUGAAAGGCUGGGAGCAGCAGUGGAUAGACCCCUCUUUGUUUUGUUUUGUUUCCUCUGGAACAGUUCUAGUCAGUGAUGAUUGAAGGUCUGAGGCCAAGCUGACAAACCCACAGGUUUAAAUGGGAGAGGGGAGAUUUUCAGGGAAUAGAAGUAGGUGGAUGGAAAGGCUUUUCCCAGCAAUCCCAUUGCACAGCUGCUCUGACAGGAUCCCAGCUGCAGGCCAUGGUGUGAGUACUACACCUGCAGGUGAAAAUGGGAGGUUUGGGGGUCACAGACCACUGUCCAACCCUUGGGACACUGCUUAGAGGAGGUUAAACACAUCAACACCUAUUUUUGGCCAAUAUAUGAGCUUCUGAGCAAAUGAGAAUCAAACCUAGUGGAUUCAGCAGUGAGGUUUCAGAGCCAUUGGGGUUUCAGAGCUGUUGGGGUGUGGCACAGCUCUGGACAGAUCACUUCUCCUUGUUCCAGUGCACAGAGGGCUGGUCCCAGUUUCCCUCCACCUGUAGAGUGCUUUGAGAUAAGCUGAUACAAAGAGCUUGGUUUUAAAAUGUAUUCAUUGCUCAGCAAAGUCUGAACACUGUACAGGAGCAAACUGUAUCUCUGGCAAGUCUCUCACAGACAUCUGGCUCUCUCAAAACUCUGCUGUAAAAAUGCUUAAAUAUUUCAGUCAUGGUGAAAGACAGACAUCUCAUUUUUAGUUCCCCAUUGAAACCAUGGGGGAGCCAGCAACAUCCCUGGGAGGAAGGAAAUACCUUCAUCAAUCAUACCCUGAUCCAGCAGCCUAAAUACAGCUCCCACUGCCCCUCUUUUUGUUAGAUGUACAUAUCAGGGACAAUUCGUGCUAGUAGUCAAAAUAUGGACCUUGUGUUUACAAACAGUGAAUAAAUCUAAUUACUUCAGUGGCUUUCUACCAAGAAAACAGUGGGCCAGGUGUUGAAAACCUUGUUUAGAAAGUGUUCAUGGCCAGAUGUCUACAUGGGAGAGAGCUGCCUUGCAGUGUCCUUGCUUAGUGCACUUGAACUCAUUCAAUUCUUGUGACUCUUGCUCUUUAUCUCCAUGAACUCAGGACACUUGAGCCAGUUUGGAAGUUUCUAGGUCUGACAGUUUAUCAUUCAAACUGAAGAAAAAGGAGGAUGCCCAAAGGGAAUUAACAAAUCUUGGCAGUAGUUAAUCUGUCAGCUGAAGAAAAGAAAGUUGGCAUCAUCAGGGAAAGAUGCCAGGAUGGAAAACACAGGAAAUGAAGGGAAAAGCCAUUAGAGGAAUGGUGGGGGAUGUUUGUUAGGAGGUAGGGGUAGGUACUGAGUCAUGAA